AUGGCUACUUGUAAAGUGAAAGGAUGUCCAUGGGUGGUGUAUGCAUCAAGGGAUCAUGAAGAUACUUGUUGGAAAAUAAAGACCUUCGUUAAUGAUCAUACAUGCCCAAGGGAGGAUAAGAACAGGGCAGCUAACAGAAAUUGGGUGGCGAGCAAACUAGUCAAGAAGGUUAGGAAGUACCCAAAUUUCAAGCAUUGUGAUGCUGCCACUUACUUCAAGUCAAGGUUUGACUUGUCCUUGAACAAGAACUCAAUAUCAAGGGCCCUCUUUGAUGCAAGAAAUGUGGUGUUCGGGGAUGAAAAGAAACAAUACAAAAUGCUGAGGGAUUAUAGUCUUACACUUCUUAAGACUAAUCCUGGAUCAACAGUUGAAAUUUGUUGCACUCCCCAACCUCAAUCUGAUCCAGUGUUUGAGAAAAUGUAUGUGUGCUUGAAUAGAUGCAAGAAUAGUUUCAAAUCCGGAUGCCGACCGUUGAUUGGACUGGACAGUGCUUUCCUGAAAACUCAAUUUGGUGGGCAAAUUCUGUCGGUAGUGGGGAAGGAUGCUAAUCACCAUAUCUACAUCAUAGCAUGGGCAAUUGUUGGCGUAGAAAACAAGGAGAAUUGGAAGUGGUUUCUUGAGUUGCUACACCAAGACCUUGGAGACUAUAGGCAACAUAGGUGGUGCUUUAUAUCUGACAUGCAGAAUGGAACUGCAUGA